UCGAUUGGAGCUUAAAUCACUUUCUCCUGGUAAAAUCUUUCAUUUGAUUUUCGCUGUCUUUUUCUCCGUUUCUAAUCAUCUCCUUCACUCAGCCUUUGCUGUACCAAAAAAAAACUUCAUACUCCCAACAUUAUGGAUUCAAUCAAUGUAGAAAAAAUUCAAGCCCUAAAAAGAUACAAACAACAACAAUUCACAAAAACCCUAUUGUUUUAUUCCAUAUUAGGUUUAUCAUUUAGUAUAUUUUGUACAAGCCCAUUUUGGUUUCCUCCUUUAUAUUCAUGUAUAAAUAAAAUCAUUUAUAUUUAUAUUCCAAGAAUAGUAUCAUUUUUCUUCAAUGUAACAUCUAUUUUCAUACUUGGGAAUCUUAUUGUAAUAUUUCUCUUGGGAGAGUCAAAAAUUCAAACUUCAGAAGAUUCAUCAAUGGUUCGGCCAAUAAUCCAGCAAGUCAAAAGCCGAAAGCGACAUAUAAGGGAAGACAUAUUGCCAAAAAUGGAUUGCAAAAUAGAGGAACAAGAAGUAGUACUUAAAUUAGAAAGUAGAGAAGAAGAGAUAAAAGAAUUGAGCCAAGUUGAAGAGAAAGAGUUGGAGAAUAUAAUAAUGGAGGAUAAUUAUGAAGAAGAAUUAAUUGUUAAUUUAUCAACAGAAGAAUUAAAUAAAAGGGCAGAUGAUUUUAUUGCUAGAGUGAAUAAACAAAUUAGGCUUGAAGCUGAUCGUGAGGUACUUAGUUGUUGUUGAGAUGUAGAAAAUUAACAAGUUUUUUUUUGAAAAAAAAUUAAUAUUUUGUAAUUUAUUAUAUGAUGUAUUUUUGUAGAUUAAUUAAUAUAGUAAAAGCUGCUAAAAAGUGGCUAAUGAAAGUAUGUUAUGUUACCAA